AUGAUCCCCAUCCUCAGGGCCUUGCUCUGCCUCGGGCUGAGUGUGGGCCUCAGGACCCCAGUGCAGGCAGGGCCCCUCACCAAACCCAGUUUCUGGGCUGAGCCAGGUCCUGUGAUCCCCUGGGGGAGCCCCAUGACCCUCUGUUGUGAGGGGAACCCAAGGGCUGAAGAGUACCGUCUGGAUAAAGAGGGAAGCCCAGCACCAUGGAAAAUACAGAAGCCACUGAAACCUGGGAACAAGAUCCAGUUCUCCAUCUCACACAUGAGAGGGAGUGAUGCAGGGAGAUAUCGCUGUUACUAUCACAGCCCUGCUGGCUGGUCGGAGCACAGUGACCCUCUGGAGCUGGUGGUGACAGGAUUCUACAGGAAACCCAACAUCUCAGCUUUGCCCAGUCCUGUUGUGACCCCAGGAGGGAGUGUGACCCUCCUGUGUGACUCAGGGCAGGGAUAUGACAGGUUCCUUCUGACUGAGGAAGGAGAUCACAGGUUCUCCUGGACCCUGGACUCACAGCCACAGCCCAAUGGGCACUCCCAGGCCCUGUUCCCUGUGGGAACCUUGACCGCAAGAUACAGGUGGAUGUUCAGAUGCUAUGGCUCUUACAGCAACAGGUCCCAGGUGUGGUCACACCCCAGUGACCCCCUGGAGUUGCUGGUCUCAGCCUCCAAACCCCAAGACUACACAGUGGAGAAUCUCAUCCGGAUUGGUGUGGCUGGUUUGGUCCUGGUGGUCCUUGGGGUGCUGCUAUUUCAGGCUCGAAAUGACACCAGAAGGACCCAUGAUGCAGCCAGGAUGUGA